GACGAUUUUGGUUGCCUACUCCGUAGCCGGUUUUGUGUUCGGUUUCUGCUUGCGGAAUGAAUUUCAGUUCUUCAUCGUUUCUCGUAGUGGGUAUGUCGCCGUGAUCACAUCACCGCUGUCGGGUACAGUUCCGUCAAAAAGUAUUGUGUUUUGUUGAUAAGGAUUAUUAUGGAGGUGAUUUUAUAAACUUGGAUACACUUCGUUUUAUAAAUUUGGUGCACAAUCAAAGCGUAAAAGGACUUUGUUAUGGUUUUGUUGGCUAAACAUGUAGGCGGGAUGUCGCGGCCACCAAAGCCAGCGGCAACCGCAAAGAAAGUACCACCACCUGCUGUUCCGCAUGAAUUUAGACAUUCUGGAAGUUCGUUCGGGUCUGCAGGAUAUGCUAGUUCGGAAGAUGCUGGAUUGCUGGCUCCUUCUGAAGCAUCUGGCAUACCUAGAGAUGACCAUUCUGAUUAUGGCAGCACUGUUAGCGGCAGUACUGGAAAAUCACCGGGUCCAGUAUUUCCAGCACCUACUUUUACAUUUCCAGGGCAAAUGUCGUCCGGGACAGUCCUCACACAUAAAGCAGCUGUUUACUAUCAUCACCAGCUCAGCCUGCAAGAGGAUCAGGGUAUUGAUAUGACGCAGAGUCCCGGAAGAGAUAGUCCAGGAUCGUCCAGUGGUAGCGCGGGUUCCGGUUCUAGACAUAGUACGGCAUCUUUAGAUAGCGGCAGAGCAUCAUAUCAUCCUCUUAGUACAGCUGGAAGAAGCACUAUUGGUUCCUCGAAUAGUCCAAGAUGUUCCUUAAGCUCCUGUUCGAUUGGCUCAGAUCAAGGCCGAAUUGAGAGAAUGAUUCAUCAGGGAAUUCCAGAUCAAGAAAUCAUUCAUUCUUGGUUAGUCGAUUUGCAAUUUGAAGAAUAUUUUCCUCUGUUCAUAUCAGCUGGUUAUGAUUUGCCUACAAUCGGAAGAAUGACUCCAGAAGAUUUGACUGCCAUAGGUAUUAAGAAGCCGAACCAUAGAAAACGAUUGAAAGCUGAAAUUGCCCAACUCAACCUACCUGAUAACUUGCCUGAAUUCAUACCGGGAUCUCUGGAAGAAUGGUUGAAUUUGCUGAGACUAGAUGAAUAUUUGCCGGCUUUUCUGGAACAGAAUUAUCAAACAGUAGACGACGUAACUCAAUUAACAUGGGAGGACUUGGAGGAAUUUGGAAUAGUAAAACUAGGUCAUCAGAAAAAAAUUAUGCUAGCCAUUAAGAGAAUUAAAGACGUCAAGUCAGGAAAAAGGAUACACACUGAUACUAACAGAAUAUACGCUACUCAAGACGUGCUGGUGCACGCACCCGUGGACCUUCCAUCGCCCGGUGUACCCGUACCCACAGUCCACAGCACUUUCCGCUCUUUUCACCAGCCCUGGGAGAUCGACCAGACAAGGCAGCUGCAAGCGGGACCACACUACGUCCAUCCUACAUUGUUUUGCACUGACAUAGUUCCUAUCAAGAUAAGAACAGGCCGAGGAAAAUCUUUAGAAUCGUUGGAAGAUCCGAACGAAAGAACUCACCAUACUUUCACAGCUGAAAAUACCCAAACCUUCUAUUGUCAACAACCAAUAGGAUGGCGUAUAAGGUCUUACGAAGACGGAGACAUAACACCUACAAAUGAAACGGCUUUAUUGUAUGAAGGUGGUGGAACGCUACCGAGACCUCGUGGAAUCAUAAGGCCUAGGCCCAUUGCCAAAAUAACUGCAAAAGCUUGCGAAACGUUUCCCGAUUUCGAAAAACCCCAGUUUAAUCCAGAAAAAUACGUCAAUCCACAAUAUAAAACUUUACCCCGGGAUAUGAUAGACGGAAACAACUAUCAUAUGCAAUACGGUAGUCCUAUAAUGGGAAAGAAAAUUCCACCGAAUCCUCCUAAAAGACAGGAUAGUGAGUGUAACGAACAAACCACAACAGUGGAAAUUCAUCAUGUCCAAACGUCUAGUCCCUUACCGCUUCCGGCUUAUCCCAGUUCAGACAGUCUUAGUAUAUCGUUAGACAACCAAGGCGACCUUCCUUUACCUCCUCCUCCUGCGCCUGGUACCCCUCCGGGCCUUUCACAAUGCAAACUUAAUACAUCCCAAUCUUGGAGUGUCGAAGAACAAGAACUUAUCAAAACGUUGGCGCUGCAGCAUAGAAACGGUUCCGAUGCAAGUUUUAAGUCGAGUUCCAGCACUGAAUCUGAUUCGCUGCCCUUUGCCAAUGAAAAUGCUGGUACAAUAAGAACGCGUGCCAGCGGUAGACAAGCGGAAUUUUCAUCACCGAAACCUCGUACAGGUCUGCCGCCACAUCCGUCCCCAACGCCUAAUAGACAACAAUCAAGUGCCCGAAACCAGAGAGCAGAACAACCAGUAGAUGUUUUAAACGACAUAGGAAAUAUGUUAGCCAAUCUCACAGACGAGUUAGACGCUAUGUUAGAAGAAGAAAAACGGCAACAGUAACUCUAUUUAUACUUUGUACAAGACUGAACAUCAAAUAAUAAUUUGACAUACUUAAUUUGAGGUCAGAAUUUUAUGUGGAGGU